AACAAUAAUAUAAUUAAUAAAAAAGAGUAUUUAAAAGAAGUGUAGAUGAAGAAAAUAAUAUGCUUUGCGUCGUCUCUCACUCAACUACUCAAGUCACAAAGCUAUAAGCAAGCUUAUGUAUUUCUUAGCUUCGUCACAGAAAGCUAAUUAAGCACUAACUAGCCAUAAAUGAUGGAGACAACGAAGAGAGCAGAGAUCGACACAACGGCACCGUUUAGAACCGUCAAAGAAGCCGUUGCUUUGUUCGGCGAGAGAGUCUUAGCCAGUCAAGUCUACUCGAACCAUCUCAAAGUGAUGCAUGAUGAGAAAUGGGAAGAUCCAUCAGGGAUUAAGAUAGAGCUUCAAGAGACAAGAUAUGAUCUCAAAAGGGCAAAAGAAGAAAGCAUACAAAUGAGGAACUCUUUGUCUUGUCUCAAGGAAGAGCUUGAACGAACAAAACAAGAGCUCCAGAAGCUGAGAGUUGAUCCUGGGGUAAACGAAACGAAACUCGACGAGACUGUUUUUAAAACCAAGUUUGAAGUGUUAGUUCCUCGGGUUGAUGAUGAGCCAAUUAGAAGUCCGAGGUUGAGAUCGAUGAGUGAGAAGAGAUACGUGAAAUUUGCAAACCCUACUGGUAAUAAUGGCUCGGUGUUUCUUGAGAGACAUCCUUCAAUGAAAAAGAAGGAGAAGAAGACAAAGGAUAAGAAGAAGAAGAGUUUAAUCCCUUUGUUUAUUGGAGGGAUUUUUUCUAAGAAAAAGGUUUUGCAAUGAAACAGAUUUUGUUUUCCGACAUUUCUUCACUUUUAUUUGUGUUUUUUUCUUGGUUUUGAUAAUAAUGUCACAUGUAUGACUUUCGUAAAUUGUUCUUGAAAAUAUUUAUCUUAAUUUAAUCCGC